AUGCCACCAGCUAAGAAACGCAAGACUCGGGCUACUGCUGAGCCAGCAGAGGAAAUACCUGCCCUUAACGCGACGGCAAACGAGACUGCAGCACCCAAAGACAACAAUUCGAAUGAGGAACCACCACUCGCUGAAGCAUCAUCUUCAUCGGCGUCAGAUGCGGCCACAAAAGCAAAGGAGCGCGCAGAGAGAUUCAAGGCUCUCCAAGCAAGAGCAAAGACCGGGGCGCAAAAGAAUCUGAAGGAAGCAACGCUCGAAUCACAACGUCUAGCCACAGAUCCAAAUCUCCUCACAUCCCUGAACCGCAAGUCCGCGAUCGCGUCGCACAAUCUGAUGAAAGCAGAUGCCGAGGUAGCAGGAGAGGACUUUGAGCGAAAACGAGCCUGGGACUGGACCAUCGACGAGAGCGAACGUUGGGACAAGCGGAUGAAGAAGAAGGAUAAUCAUCGCGAUGACCAGGCUUUCCAGGACUAUCGACAAGACAGCAGAAAAGUGUAUAAGCGCCAGAUACGAGACUUGAAGGUCGAUAUGGAUGGCUAUGAGAAGGAGAAGAUGAAAGCGGUGGAGAAGGCAGCUGCGUCGGGGGGUUUGGAGAUUGUGGAAACGGAUGAUGGAGAGCUGGUCGCGGUGGAUAAACAUGGCACGUUCUAUUCGACGGCGGAUUCGACGGGGUUCGUGGAGCAUAAACCGCCGAAGGAUGCGGUGGAUAGGUUGGUUAAGGACUUGCAGCAGGCAGAGGAGGCCAGGUUGAAGAAGAGGAGGGAGAGGAUGGGUGGGAAUGGUGAUGAUGGGGACGUUACGUAUAUCAACGAGAAGAACAAGAACUUCAACCAGAAGUUGAACAGGUUCUACAACAAGUACACGGCAGAGAUUCGCGACAGUUUCGAGCGUGGUACGAUGAUAUAA